CCCCCCCGCCUCGCUUUAUCUCACCCUCUCACUUGCUCGCAGCCAUGGCCGACAGAAACAGCAGGGUUACUGUGAAGAGGAAAGAGAAGAAGUUAGAAAACAAAACAAAUGAUGAAAAGGAAAAAGAAAAGACCAAGGGGAAGGAGAAAGUAAAGGAUAAGGGGAAGGAAAAAAAUGGGAAUAACUCCGACAAACCUUCGAAGAAGCCGGAGAAAACCGGCGAGCAGCCCAAGACGGAGGAAGAGAAGCGAAAUGGGGAAAGUGGAGGCGCAACGGGAGCAGAGGCAACAAACAGCGACGAAAGUGGAGAGUUUCAGCCAAUUGAACUGCCCCCGUUUGAGAUUGUAACUGGGGAACAGAUGAGUCCCUUCUACUUCAAGUUUCAGUUCAGGAAUGUGGAGUACUCCUCGGGGAGGAACAAGACCCUGCUGUGCUUCAGGGUUGAUGCACCAGGAGGCAGCACAGAGCCUCUGAAGGGUUAUAUGGAGGAUGAACAUGCCACAGCUCACGCUGAAGAGGCCUUCUUUCAGCAGGUGCUCCCUAACACUUCCCAAGAGUAUGAAGUCACAUGGUAUCUUUCAUCCAGUCCCUGUGUGGCUUGUGCAGCCAAGCUGGCUCACAUCCUCCAGCAGCGCAGGAAGGUCCGUCUCUGCAUGUUCUGCUCCCGUCUCUUCGAGUGGGAGGAGCCGGAGAUCGUGGAAGGGCUCCGGGCUUUGGUGAGCGCCGGUUGCAAACUGCGAAUGAUGAAGCCGUCUGACUUCGUACAUGUUUGGGAGACCUACGUAGAGAAGGAGGACCAGAACUUCGAAGCCUGGGAGGACUGUCAGGAGAACUACGAGUACUAUGUAGAGAAACUGACUGAUAUCCUCAAGUAGAUGUGACUUGUUGCACAUGAUGGAGAGGAUCUUCACAUUGACUGAACCAAGUCUAUUUGUUAAAUCCACAUUGUUUCUUGCAGUUGCAUUUGAACGUGCACAUCAGUAUUAGCUAGAAUGAACACUCAUUGCAUCAUUUUGUAUUUUUUAUUCCCAUAACUUCAUAGGGCGACACAAAAUGCCUGAAUGUCAUUUUUUGUAGAAUCACCCACUGUAGAUAAAUGUAAUCCUUUAGAAGAAGAAAGCAAUACGAUUCAUUGCUGGAACAUAUUAAAUAAGCUUUGGAGAAGACUAA